CAGCCAGACCCUCUUUUGGAGAGCAGGGGCCUGGAGACUCAUCUCAUUUCCUGUCCCAUGAAGCUCCUCUUCCCCAUCGCAGCCACCGAAGCCGCAGGCCGAGUGCAGGGGACCAGCAUGUCCGGUCACCCGGGGUGGGCCCCCCGCAGGCUUUGGAGCCCGGGGUGGUGAAACCGCGAUGGCCAGCCUGCGGUGGGCUCAGGAGGAACCUGUGAUAAGAUGUUCAGCAGUUAGCACAGCUGCUCUGAGCUCGGGAGGCUGGGAACCCACAGGAAGUGACUCGGGGCAGAGCCGACGUGCCCGUGUCCCGGCAGCCGUCCCGGGACGGGAGCCUAAGCGGGCGAGGCCGGGGGCAUGUCCGCGGAGUGCCGGGAGCCAGGGCCAGGCGGGAACUCUGGGGCCUCGGGCUCAGGAGCGUGCCCGCCUCGGAGCACGUCCGCGCCCUGGCGCCUGCCCCGCUGGAGAGCUGGCGCGGCCGCCGCGGUGCUCUGCUACGUUAACCUGCUGAACUACAUGAACUGGUUCAUCGUCGCAGGGAUGCUGCUGGACAUACAGAACUUUUUUCAGAUCCGAGACAGCAAUGCCGGUUUGCUUCAGACAGUCUUCAUCUGCUGCCUGAUGCUGUCUGCACCUGUGUUCGGCUAUCUGGGCGACCGGCACAGCCGCAAAGCCACGCUGAGUAUUGGGAUCCUGCUCUGGUCAGGGGCAGGCCUGGCCAGCUCCUUCAUUUCCCCCCAGUAUUCCUGGCUCUUCUUCCUGUCCCGGGGAGUCGUGGGCAUAGGCUCGGCCAGCUACUCCACCAUCGCUCCCACCGUCCUGGGCGACCUGUUUGUGCGGGACCAGCGGACCCGGGUGCUGGCCACUUUCUACAUCUUCAUCCCCGUCGGAAGUGGUCUGGGCUACGUGCUGGGGUCGGCCGUGUUGCAGCUGACUGGGAACUGGCGUUGGGGCUUCCGAGUCAUGCCUUGCCUGGAAGCCGUGGCCUUGAUCCUGCUUAUCGCGCUGGUUCCAGACCCACCCCGGGGAGCUGCUGAGAAGCAGGAAGAGGCCGUGGGGACCCCGAGGAGCAGCUGGUGUGAGGAUGUCAGGUACCUGGGGAGAAACUGGAGUUUUGUGUGGUCGACCCUGGGGGUGACCGCCAUAGCCUUUGUGACUGGAGCUCUGGGCUUCUGGGCCCCCAAGUUUCUGUUUGAGGCCCGUGUGGUACACGGGCUGCAGCCUCCCUGCCUCCAGGAUCCGUGCAACAGCCAGGACAGCCUGAUCUUUGGGUUACUCACCGUGGUGACUGGCAUCAUUGGGGUUGUCCUGGGAGCAGAGGCUUCAAGAAGGUACAAGAAAGUCAACCCACGGGCUGAGCCCCUCAUCUGUGCCUGCAGCCUGCUUACCGCUGCCCCCUGCCUCUACCUGGCUCUCGUCCUGGCCCCGGUCACUCUCCUGGCCUCCUAUGUGUUCCUGGCCCUGGGGGAGCUGCUUCUGUCCUGCAACUGGGCCGUGGUUGCUGACAUCCUGCUGUCCGUGGUCCUGCCCCGGUGCCGGGGCACAGCAGAGGCACUUCAGAUCACGGUGGGCCACGUCCUGGGAGACGCCGGCAGCCCUUACGUCACUGGACUCAUCUCUGGCACCCUGAGGGCCGGCCGUCCUGACUCCUACCUGCAGUCCUUCCUCAGCCUUCAGCAGAGCUUCCUGUGCUGUGCCUUCGUCAUCGCCCUGGGGGGCGGCUGCUUCCUGCUGACCGCGCUGCGGCUGGAGAGGGACCAGGCCCUGGCCCGGCAGCCUGGCACAGGGACCCCCGACAGCAAGGACACGGAGCGCCGAGCCCUGCUUUCCGGCACCGGUGUCGCCGCAGAGAACCCCUGAGGCCCCCGCGCCCCAGCGAGCAGGUCCCGUUCACCCUGCUUGCACCACGCCUGCCGGUCCCCCCAGCACCAGCGCCUCUGUCCCCCUUUGGCUGUGGCUCCGGGACCCCGGCCGAGCUGCACCUGCCACAGCUUCGCUCCCAGCCGGGGAGCUGGCAGGGCCCGCGGCCGGGCUGGGGAUUGAGCUGUCAGCGCUGUCUGCAGGAGGCCUGGGCCCGUGCCUCUCCCCGCACGAGGCCGCUCCAGCCUGGGGCCCCCCGCCUGGCUGCCGUGGGCCCUGAUUCAAGUGUGGCCCGUGGAUUCAGGCCGUUUACAACCCUGUUAGAGCCUCCAGGUGUCUCUGCUGGGAGUGGGGGCGGGGUGCGGGGGAGGGCAGCCCGGUCCAGGGAGCAGGGCUACUCCCCACCUGGACCCCUCACUUUUCAGGUCAGGAGGGCAGAGGACACCCCUUUGCCCGAGGCACCCUCUGAACCGAAGGUGGGGGCCAUCCGCUAGCCUCGGAGGGCGGUUUCCACUCUGGUGCUGAUGUGGCUUCAAGCGCCCGGAGGAGGAACGUCAGACCCCACCCCGAGUCAGCUGCCCUGGAACCACGCUGGGGGGCUCGCACCCCAGCCCCCCACCUGCCGGUCAUGCACCAACCCCGGCACAGCGCGUGGGGAGGGCUGGCUCUGCGGGACUCCCACUUGCCGCUGGGCUCAGAGCAAAUGGGCGCGGCAGGAGACCAGCAGCUUCCAGGCAGGCAGCCGUGGGGAGGCAUGUCCUUUCUGCCCGGUGAGCACGAGCUUCUCUCCUCCACCCCUGGUGCCUGGCCAGCAGGGCCUGCCUCCCAGGCACCAGGCUCUCGCUCACCUCCUGACCCUUGCUUGCCCCGUCCCUGCCUCUCUGCCCCCACUGCUGGAUGGACAGGCUCCAGGAAUGGACCCUCCAGCUCAGCGCACGCCUGCCCCCCCUUCCCAGCCCUUCCUCAGGAGUGGCCACCCCUAGGCUGACCAGCCCCUCCACCUGCAAUCUGACCCUUGGAGCUCAUAGAACGGGCUGCCCCUGAACUUAUAAGGAAAAGCCUAUUUGGUAAGGGACCUGCACCCAGUUACAGUGUACGCAGGGUUCCCACAUCUCUAAGCAGUUUUCUCCUACCCUCCACUCGUUUCUGACCCUGUGUACCCGGACGUAAGGUCAAAGUCCACGGGGUAAGGGUUCAGUCCUACAAGACGGCUCGCCCCCGGCCCUGCCCACUGGACAGGCCAAGCACAGGUGCACGUCUUCAGCUGUGCUUCUAACAGACCGGCUAUGAAUCAGAGGCUCCCAUGUCCCGUCCUCAGGUUCUGUUAACGAGAUAGAGCGGCUCACAGAGCUCAGGAAACUCAUUUACUCAUUAGAUAACCGGUUUAUAAUAAAAGGACACAACUCAGGAACAGCAGGUGGAAGAGAGGCCCAGGGCAAGGUGUGGGGCGGGGCAGGGCUGCCCUGCCCCCUCCAGGAGCCCCACUCCGCCAGCACCCCCACAUGCUCACCCGAUUCUUUUUGGCUUUUAUGGACGCUUCAUUACUUAGACACCAUUGAUUAAACCAUUGGCUUUUGGUGAUUGAUUCAA